GCAGAGCAGCCGUCGCGGGGCCUUGCCGCGGCCUCCAGCAACCCAGCCCCGGGGAAUGCAGUGGCCCCCGGUCCCUGGCGCCUCUCCGUGUCUAAGCUGGGCCUCCUCGCUCGCCUGCUCCGCGGCCACGACGCUCCUGAGCCGCGCCGGCCGGGCCCCCCUCAUGGCGGCCAAGUGGUUCAAGGAGUUCCCCCUGAACCUGAAGACCGUGUCGGAGCGGGCCAAGCCCGGCGGCGGGGGAGGCGGCAAACUGCGCAAGAACUCGGAGGCGGGCGGCUCCGGGCCCGCCCCGGGCAAGGGCCGCAAGAACUCGGCGGCCGAGCUGGGCAGCGGCCGGGCCGGGGUCGGACCCCCCAAGGACAGCCGGCUGUCCCGGGAUAGCCUGCAGGGCCUGAUUCAGGCCGCCGCAGGCAAAGGCCGCAAAAACUCCCGGACCACCGAGGAGGAGCCCCACCGGGGCGCGGCCAAGAGCUCAGGCUGCAGCACCUACAUCAACAGGCUCAUCAAAGUGGACACUCAGGAGAAGAACGGGAAGAGCAUCUACCCCAGCAGCAGCAGCAGUAGCAGCAGCAGCAGCCCUUCCUCCGCGUCCUCUUCCCCUUCAUCUCUGGGCCCCGAACUGGACAAGGGCAAGAUUAUUAAGCAGCAAGAGACGGUCAUCAUUUUAGAAGACUAUGCUGACCCUUACGAUGCUAAACGGACAAAAGGUCAAAGGGAUGCAGAGAGAGUAGGGGAGAACGACGGUUAUAUGGAACCCUAUGAUGCCCAGCAAAUGAUAACAGAAAUCAGACGGCGAGGUUCCAAAGACCCCCUGGGGAAGGCGCUUCAGCUGCUCGACAGCCCCUGCGAGCCCGGAGACAACGGCCCGAAGCCCGAGGCGCUGGCCAAGCGCCGAAGCUCCAAGGAGCUGCCGGGGAAGCCGCCGCAGCUCUACGACACGCCCUACGAGCCGGCGGCCGAAGCGGGCCCGUCCGCCGCCGAGGGGCCGGAGCGGAAGGCGAGGUUGCCCCCGGACGGCCACGGACGGCUGCCCCAGGACGACGAGAGGCCCGCGGCCGAGUACGAGCAGCCCUGGGAGUGGAAGAAGGAGCAGAUCGUGCGGGCGCUGUCGGUUCAGUUUGAAGGCUCUGAGCGACCUUCUGUCAAGGAGGAGCCACUGAGGCAGCACCACCGACAGAAGAGCUGGACCCAGAAGAUCCUGAAGCCAGCCCUGGCUGACCACAGUGAGGGGGAGAGAGUGGACCCAGCCCUGCCGCUGGAGAAGCAGCCUUGGUAUCAUGGUGCCAUCACCCGUGCUGAGGCAGAGAGUCGACUACAGUCCUGCAAAGAAGCUGGGUACCUGGUUCGAAACAGCGAGUCAGGAACCAGUAGGUACUCCAUUGCACUAAAGACUAGUCAAGGAUGCGUCCACAUCAUAGUGGCUCAGACCAAAGACAGCAAGUACACCCUGGAUCAGACGAGCGCGGUCUUUGACAGCAUCCCGGAAGUGGUACAUUACUACUCCAGUGAGAAACUGCCUUUCAAGGGGGCAGAGCACAUGACCUUGCUCCACCCUGUACACAGCAAGCUGCAGCAAGGCUCAGCCUCCAGAAGCCCCAGCGGGGCUUCUCACGCCUAGGAGGGCAUCAGCGCCCGACCGGACUCUCAGGGGAUAAGGCUGGACUGCACCAUGUUUGGGAGGAAGCAGGACUCUUCGCUUAGAAGUCAAGAAGUCUUUGCCUUGAAUCCAUCCCAUGACACUUGGUUACUGACCUGGGCCUUUUCUCCUUGCUAAGCAGGUCUACAGUGAGAAACCAUAAUGUACCAGUUGCCUCCACUCCCUGGAGUAGGGCUGUCUGUUUGGGGCGUGACCCUCAGGAAAGGUAAGUCAGGAGUCCAGAAAUACUAAGGUUCUCCAAAAAUGCACUAGUUAUUCCCUGGAAUACCUAAUCUCUAAAUAAAGCAACAAACUUGGCAUUUAUAUAAAACAACAAAAAAUGCUCAGACAGACCCAAAGAGCAUGUAAUAUAAGACCGAUUCUUGGGGAGAAGCAUGAACAGUAGAAGAUGAGUAAUAGUGGACACUUUGGAAAAAACUACCUUUCUCUCUUGAGGGUCGUAGUUUCAACUCCAGAGUCCAUAAAAAUUCACAGUUUUAGAGUCUGGUCAAAGGAUUAUUUUGUCGGCCAGCCUUCUAAGAAAAGUUUGUGUUUUCUCAAUUUCUGUAGAUUUCUUUGGCAAAUCAGUUAUAUAAGCAUAAAUAAGAAGGAAGAUGCCCGUGAUUUAAGAAUCACCAAUAUAAUUAAGCAUUGGCAGUAUUGCCAUAAUUCUGAAUUAUAGAAUUAAAUUGCAGAAUAAGAUACACAACAAAGAUUUCAUUUCUGAGUUUUAACAAAUCUGAAAAUUUACAAAGCCCAAAAAUUGUUUUCUUAUUGAAUAAUAGAACCUCUGGUCUCCUUUGUUUCAUCUUGGUCCAUUUUAGUAGUUAUUGGAACAAGUCAAUUUUUCAUUUUUAGCCCUAAAAUUAGAUGUGCUUUGCAUUUUAGAGUAACUAUAUAU